CUCGAAGGGCUCCAGGGAGGGUGAAGCGCGGGUUGCUGGCCUUGGGGUCGCGACCUGAAAGCGAUGCCGAAGUUCAAGGGCAACUUAUGGAACAUGUCCACCUGCAAUCGCUUGGUGGCGGAGCGGACCGAGCUGCGCCGCCAUGAAAAGCACCUCCAAGCGUUGGAGAGCACCAGGGGCCAAGUAGAUGCGACACAGCCCAAAGAGCAUACACAUCUUCGGUCCAAGUUGAAGACUCGGAAACUCCAAGAGGAUCGAGCGGCCGAGAUCCAGCUGGAGAAUCGCAUCUUGCUUCAGAAGAUGCUGAACAUUGAUACGAAACCCUCUCAGUUGGCGGAUGCCAUGAACAGUAGCACGACUAGACCUCGCAGCCUGCACGGCGAAUCCCAACGUCGCGAGGCGGAACGGAUCGCCGCGGAGAACCACGCGCUACUCACCCGACUCCAAAAUACGAAGCCAUCCAUCGAUCCUCGAACAUGGGAGGAAGAGGAAGUCGAUCGCCAGGCGCUGAAGUUUCGGCUGUCCCAGAAUUUGGCUGCCCGACGCGUGGUGAAGCUGCGAAUGCCAAAUAAGGCAGGCAGCUGGAAUUUACCAAGGAUUGCAGAUAUCGCGGUGCGAAGCAACGAUAGUGAGUGGGAGCGGGUCGUGCGGCCUUUGACGGAGAUGGACCCGUAACUCUGUGGUGCUGGGCUGGUGCUUCAAAGGCUCAAAGGCUUAAAGACACCGGUGAACUUUUG